GACAACGUGUCACAUGCUCCUCCGCAUUCUACUAACUGCCAAAACAGACGGGUCAUUCAGUCACUAUCUGGAGACGGUUUAACACUGAAGAUUACUGAACGGUUUCACCAUCAUACUGACACUGGUGAUAACUUGGGGAAAAACACCAGCUGACUUUUGUGAAACUUAGGAUAUUGCACUUUUCUAAACAACAUUUUCUCCACUUGGAUCCAGAGAGUUGGAGACAAAUUUGGUGGGGUGCGUGAGGCUUGGCAGUUCAAGCUACAGCCUAUUGACUCAUGGCGAUUAACACCGAUGUCGAGGACUGGGGCGGUGUUGGGAGUAAUGACUCUGGAGAAAGGGCGUGGCUCUUGCAGAGCCCCAGUGUGGAUUCUGUCCAGCAUCUUGAGACCGACCAGAGGGGGAGCGGAGGCGUGUCAUCUUGGGCAGCGGUCUUCAUCGUAGUGAACGCAGCACUGGGAGCGGGUCUACUCAAUUUCCCUGCAGCCUUCAACAUGGCAGGAGGCGUGACGGCAGGAGUUAUGCUUCAAAUGUUUAUGCUGAUCUUCAUAAUCAGUGGACUGGUGAUUCUGGGGUACUGCUCCCAGGUCAGUAAUGAAAGCACCUAUCAGGAGGUUGUCCGAGCCACUUGUGGGAAAGUCACAGGAAUCUUAUGUGAAGUAGCCAUCGCUGUCUACACCUUUGGGACUUGUAUUGCCUUCUUUAUUGUCAUUGGAGACCAGCUGGAUCGCUUGGUGGCUGCAGUGGCUCAUGACACAGAUGGUACUGUCAGUGGCUACUGGUACACUGACCGCAAAUUUACCACCUCUGUCACUGCAGUCCUGAUUAUUCUUCCUCUCUCCAUCCCCAAAGAGAUUGGCUUUCAGAAGUAUGCCAGUGCACUGAGUGUGAUGGGAACCUGGUAUGUGACUAUCGUGGUCAUAAUAAAGUGCAUCUGGCCGGAUAAAGAUGCGACUCCGGCAUACAUACCUGCCAGUUCUGCAUCCUGGACUGCAGUUUUCAAUGCAAUGCCUACUAUAUGCUUUGGUUUCCAGUGCCAUGUCAGCUGUGUGCCUGUGUUCAACAGCAUGAGCAGAAGAGAGAUUAAACCUUGGGGAGUAGUAGUCACUCUUAGCAUGAUAAUCUGUCUCUUCGUUUACACUGGAACAGGUGUCUGUGGCUUCCUGACGUUUGGUGCCAGCGUCAGUCAGGAUGUGUUGAUGUCAUACCCUUCUAAUGAUAUUGCUGUGGCCGUUGCAAGAGCUUUUAUUGUCAUCUGUGUAAUCACCUCCUACCCCAUUUUACACUUCUGUGGCAGGGCAGUUGUAGAAGGACUUUGGCUGCGUUUCCAAGGCGAGCAGGUGGAGGUGUGUGUGCGUCGUGAGCAGAGAAGGAGGAUCCUGCAGACCCUGGUGUGGUUUGUUGUCACCCUCGUCCUCGCCCUCUUCAUCCCAGAUAUUGGUCGGGUGAUCUCGCUGAUCGGAGGAUUGGCAGCCUGCUUUAUCUUUGUCUUUCCGGGGUUGUGUCUAAUGCAAGCUAAACUUUCAGAGACAGACAGCCAAACUAUAAGCUGGCAUGGAUUGGUGCUAUUUGGUGUUGUGAUGGUUACAAUUGGAGCUUUCAUCUUUGGCCUCACCACGACCAACUCCAUCUAUCAAGACGUCAGUUAAAGGGAACUGUUUUAUUGGAGUCAGUGUUUUAAGACCAAGGGGGCUUGGUCCUGUGCUGCUAUUCUGAACUACUUGAUGGAGAAACAUCUCAUGACACUCAUUUAAAAAUUCUCUACGGCAUGCCGCAUCCCUGCUCCAUACUGAGUUAACGCUCCACGGCUCUUUACCUAGUAAGAUAGAAGUCAGAGAAAACCCACAAAUGCCAAAUUACUUCAGACACUUUGCCUUUUACUUUAUGUACAGUUUAAAUUGCACGUUUUUAUAAUGGUUUUAACUUUGCACGAAACCAGUUUCUGACAGUCCAGGGGCAGUGACUUCCCUAGUCUCUAGAGGACUCAUUCCUGUCCUGUUUACAAGAGCUGAAGUACUUUGUAUAGAAAGGUCUUACACUCAAAUUUAUUUUGAUAAUGAAAUUGUACAAAUUUGGGUAUUUUAACUUGCAUGUCCAAGUAAAUAUUUCUUAGGGACAUGCUGUUGUUGCUAUCCCAGUCUGGACUUUGUUGCUGCUGGUGAAAGUUUGUCCACAAAUUAAUAAUUUAGUUUCUUCCAGUGAAUAAUGUAAGUUGAGUGAAACAUUUGCACAAGCAAGGAUACUGGAUCAUUGAGUGAUGUGAUAAAUGCAUGAAGGGACAGUUUGUCUUUUUAAUUUCCAGUCAGUACCUCCUAAAAUAGUUUAAGAGUUUAACUAUUUAGGCAUUGAAACUUAAAAUUACAUUUUAAAAUAAUUCAGGAUUGCAUUAUUUUAGUUUCUUGUAUAUUUUAUAACAGUGAUACUAUGAUGAUUUUAUAAUUGGCUUUUAGGUAAAACUGUAUUUGUUGUUUGUAAAAGUUACAUUUAUGUAAGCCUGCAGGCCUUAACCGUUAACUGGUAGAAUGCUACAGCAGUGUGCCUCCCCAAAAACUACAGACCUGCAAGACAAGCAGUGACCAAACCUCAACUCUUUUUAAGAGUGCUGAUUUCCAGAGUGGGUUUGAAAAUGAUAAAUCUUUAUGAAUGUAUGUGGGGGGAAAAACUUGAUGUAAUCUAAGCAGAAUUCAGUUUGUACAUAAUUUACAGAGGCCAACUAGUUAAAUUGAGUGUGUGAUUUAAUUUACUUGAAUCGGUUACCGCCACUGUUUAAAGAAUGAGAAGCUAGAAAUGUAGUUUUUCCUUUUCUUACAAAAACCAAAGUGAGCAUUGUCUAAGCUUCUGACAGCACUGUGGGAAUAGGUCAGGCAAUGUGAGGCUAAUAACACACUUAUUCAGUUGUAUUAAAAAUUGAAAUUAAUCCUUUUAUUUUAACCAAGCUGCAAAUGCAGCUUACACGUGUAAAAUCAGGAAAAAGGUUUACAUCGACAUGGCAAUCAAGAACAAAUGGGAUUUAACUGCAUCACACCUAAUAAUCUUAAGAAUAUUAAACAUGUUAUUUAAUUGAGAUUCUUAACAGCCUUUUGUUUUAUGAAAUGGAACAUAAGGUGAUUUUUCUUUGGACAUGAGGGAUGGUAAAGGUUAAAGGGAUUUUGUGUGCUCCAAAAAAAGCAUGAUACAUUUAGAAGCUACAAUCAAAACCGUAAUGCAGACUAGUACAAAAAAAGUGUCUUGAAAUCAUUAAUAUAAAUUGUCUUAUGGUUUGGUGUUAAAAUAUUUUCUCAAACUUUUGGUGCUACAGACACUAGUUUGUGUGGUCAUGAGUGAAUGUCAGGCGCAUUUAUGAUUUCUGUCUCUGAUUUACUGUGUUUUCAGUAAACUACACUUUUUUGCAUCUGUUAUUCAGAGAUCAUGUCACUAUUGUCUUACAAUGAAAACUUUACUUACAAAGAUGUAGCUCAUGGCAGGUUUAAGUGAAAAUACUUAAACCUGUGAUAUUCCAAUAAAUUACUACGGUAAAGGCAUGUGAAUAAAUCUGGCAAUCCAUGUCACUGGCAGUUCAAAA